CCAUACCCAAACUCUCCUGGACUAACAGUUGUGGUGCCACGCAAACCACUCUCCAGUGACAUCUUCAAACUGGAGGAAGCUGACUACAAAGCACUGAUCCUUGCCACUUGCAAAGUUGCCAAACUACUGGAGGAGGGGAUGAGCGCUCAAGGUGUUGCCCUGAUCUUCGAGGGCUUUGAGAUCGACUAUGCUCAUGCCAAGCUAAUCCCUCUGUUGCCUUCACCAGACGGCACAAAGCCUGCUGAGCUUCAACCAGAAUGCUUCCAAGCCUACCCUGGAUAUGUGUCAUCACUGCACGGCCCAGCUGCCGACCCUGAGGCCCUCAAAAAGAUCCACUCCAAAAUCACCCAGUGCAGGCCUCCUCAUUCAUGGCAAGACCCUCAGUCUCACUCCACACUUGCCAUCAAGAGCCAGUGGUAUCGCAACCUGUUCCAGAUUCAGAACACUCUUUUCCACAGCACAGUGGAAUAUUUCCACACUUCCUGCCAGUUCUCCUACGCUUUGACCCCUCUCACCACAGACACCAUCUCCUCACCAAUGGGCCUGGGAUCUGACUCAGAACCAGUUUCUGUUAGCCUGCUGGGCCAGGACAUCUACCUGGCUGACUCAAUGCAAUUUGUACUUGAAUACUUCCUUCGCUUCCAGGAGAACCUGCCAGGGACGUACUACAUAUCUCCCAGCUUCAGAGGGGAAGAUCCUGACGCCACACACUUGAACCAGUUCUACCACGUGGAGUGUGAACUGUUGGGUGACAUGGACAAUGCCAUCUCUACAGCAGAGGAUACUUGGCUCAUCUCACCAAGUCCAUGUUGAAGAAACACUCUGAUAUUAUCCUCAACACUGCCGGGACCAUUAAACAUGUCAAAGCCAUGCUGAGUAAGCUGGAUGGAAAAACCCCACUCCCAAGAAUCCCUCUAGACCAGGCCAUUCCCAUGAUGCCCUCUGCUGACUGCUUAGAGUGGGUCCAAGAUGGACAGCCGCAGUUUGGCAGAAAGCUAACACGCAAAGGAGAGCGAGUCUUGAUAGAGAAAUAUGGUGGUGCUGUUUGGCUGACUGAGAUGGACCAUCUAGGAGUUCCCUUCUACCAGGCGUAUGUGGAGGGCACUGGGCGGUGCAAAGCCAAAGCUGCUGACCUCCUCCUGGGGCUGGGUGAGACUGUGGGUCUCGGUGAACGUCAUUCCACCCCUGAGAUGGUACAGGAGGCCCUCAGGCAUCAUGCAGUACCAGAGCAGUCCUACAAAUGGUACAUCGGCAUGAGGCAAGUGAAACCACUUCUCACCAGUGGAUGGGGCAUGGGGACGGAGCGCUACUUGUGUUGGCUGCUUCAGCAUGAUGACAUCAGAGAUAUACAUAUCAUUCCUAGGAUGAAAGGAAUGAAAUACAUGCCCUGAUCAAAAGCUCUCCAGAUCUUCAGGCCAUAGUAUGUGACAUGUUGAGUGAUUUGAUAGAAGUUAAGAUUGGGAAGUUCAGAGCAGAACAACCGUGAGAUGU